AUACAAUUUUUUCACCUAUAAUUUGGAAGUUAAGUAAAUAACAAAAUGAAGCCCGUAAAGCAUCAGUUGCCCUCUAGUAAUAAGUUGUCAAGUGUUCCAGAAUUAAGUUACAACAAAGGACUUCUUAAUUCACCAUUGUCACCUAAACCAAAGGAAAAACAAAGUUCAAAAUUAGUGCGUGAUAAACUUGAGCCAAUGGUCUUAAGAUCUCCACCAACAGGAGAAUCCGUUGUGAGGUAUGCUUUGCCCAUUCCAUCAAGUAAGACCAAGGAAUUAAUAGCAGAAGAUGAAUUGCUCAGAAAAAUUACCAAACAUCUGAAGAUGGUUGUUUCUUCUUUGGAAGAAACCUAUGGAAUGUCCAGUGAAACUGUAGAAAAACCACUGGUGAAGUCUCAACCUGAAGAAUUAUCUUUAUCUGUUGGGGAUGAUCUAAAUUCAUUCUUGGUAUGUUGUUCACAAUUUGCAACUCAAUUAGAAGGAGCAGUUAAAGAGGAGAGUCAUAUUUUGGAAUCUCUUUUUAAGUGGUUUCAGCGACAGGUCAAUCAAAUGGAAGAGAUAAGUAAAGAUCAAAGUUUUUCAGAAAGAGAGUUUCCAGUACCUGAUAAAGCAAUCACUUUAAGCAUUGCACAGAUAGUUAAGCAAGUGCAAAAACUUGAAGAAAUGAAAAAUCGACUUAAAAGAUCUACUAAACACCCCUCAAAAGUCUUGCUCUCUAAGCCCAAGGAAAUUGAAAGUCCACCAGAAGCAGUGCUAAGUUAUGAAAAUGUACAGCAGAAAAUUGAAGAAUUUAUAGGAAGUGCCUCAGCUGAAGACUUCAAGGAGGUUUCUGCAACUGAAUCACAAACUACGUAUUCAGUACCAAAUCGACUGAACGCCAUGUUGAAAAUAUUUGAGAAACAGUCAAAUGUGUUAGAAAGAACUAGGAAUGAGAAAACUUUGUUAGAAACUAAAUACAAACAGAUGCAAGAUGAUUUCCAAAUGUUAUCAGAGGAGAAAUCGAUGCUGGAAAAUGAACUACAAAAGUUGAAGAUUAUAGAGACAACAAAGCCAAAUUAUGAACGAGCGAAGAAAGCUAUGAAAAUGGAGAAGAAAAGAUCUAAGGAUAAAUCUGUGGAUUCAGAAUCGAAAAGGUCUUCAGCCAAAGAGCUUAAAAUAGAAGACUUUUUAAAAGUCCAGAAAACAGCAUAUAGUCUGGAAGCUGAGAACAAAAUCAUUCAGGAACAACUGAAAGAAGCAUUACAGGAAGCAGAAAAAGCUAAGCAUCAACUAAAGUAUUUCCUAAAUCAAGGGGAGUUACUUAAAAAUGACAGGAAAAGCAAGACAAAAAUUGAAAGGACUACAAGUGACACAGAAGUUAAAAUUGAAGCUUCAACAUCUCUACCAUUGGAGAGAGAAACAAGAAAAGUACAAAUUGCAGAUUCAAAUGGACAAAAGACAAAUGUUAAGAUCCAAGAAUAUCCACAGCUCAGCAAAACUUCCUUGCCCGUGCUGGGAAUAGAUAUGCAGCUACCAGAAAAGAACAUGGAAGACCAAACAUGA